GACUUCGAUACCUUUCCGAUUUCUACGAAGCUUUUCUCCAAGAAAAAUAACUCACCAAAUUCUCUCUCUAUUUCGUUUUAUCGAAUAUUAAUAUAAUUAUCUCGUAUUCCAAGUUUAUUCCUCUUUCUAAUUCCAGUUUAGAUCCUUGUAAUUUCUCGUACAAACCGUACGUAUAUCUCUAUGUUACCAUCCCAUAUUUGAUCCCCUUAUAUAUAUAACUGUCAGUCAGUCUAAUCUAACAAUAGUUCGUGUGGGUAUUUUUAUAGAGAAUUCAUAGGAUGGUUUCUUUCAAAAAACCAAGUGAGUUUAGAGAAAAAAUGCAGAAAUGUCAAGAGUAUAUUGGAGCUUUAGAUGAAGAACUUAAAAAGAUUCGAGUAUUCGAACGCGAGCUUCCGCUUUGUCUUGAACUUGUUUCGCAAGCUAUUGAAAGAUGCAAACAACAAAUGUCGGAGACGACGAUGAUCACCGAGCCUUUCAAUGGUCAAUCUGAUCAUUAUUUUUGUGAUCAAACAUCAAGUGAGUAUCCAGUUUUGGAAGAGUUUAUUCCCAUGAAGUCAACUUCAUCUACAAAUGAAGAUAUUGAUGAUCAGGAGCAACAAAAGCAGCAGUUAUCCAAUGAAUUAUUUACUGGUAGCAAAGACUGGCUUGCAUCUGCUCAACUCUCAAUUCAAGCCCCAGAUCCAAUAUAUGAAGAGGACUUGUUUAUGAAGAAGUUGACUAUGGAUGAACAAAGGAAUGGGUGUGACAGUUUUCAUACUUUUGAGAAGAAAAAGAUAUCCAUCAGUUCGUCGUCAGACACAGAUGGCGGUGGGGGUGGCGGCAACGACGGUGGAGAUAAAGGAAGGUCUAAUAAGAAAGAAAGGAGGUGUUGGUCUCCAGAGUUGCACCGAAGGUUCCUCCAUGCUCUUCAACAACUUGGUGGUGCUCACGUUGCUACACCAAAACAAAUUAGGGAAAUAAUGAAGGUCAAUGGGCUGACAAAUGAUGAAAUAAAAAGUCACUUACAGAAAUAUCGUUUGCAUACAAGAAGGUUGAAUCCUACAAUUGAAAACGUCGACACACAUACUCCCCAGCUAGCGGUGGUUGGCCGAAUAUGGAUGCCACCACAAGGGUAUACCCCCAAUGCCUCUUCGUCUCCGCUAACAAAUGGUGUCAAUAGUUCAAAGGUGGUAUAUGCUCCAAUAGCUUCUCUACCGCCGUCUAUAAUCGCAUCUUCAUACAAAACAAAACAACGCAUUUAAGCAGGAGCCCUAUUUAGAUGAGAAAUGUACGUAGCAAUAGUUGUCGCAGAUCACAACCUAUCUUCUCACCAAGUCACCAGAUUGAUUUCGGGGUUUCUUAGCUACCACACCGGCUACAUGUUUGUUAUAUAGAGUAAUGUGAUUUUUUUGUGAAAGAUUCUUGGGUAUAAGGCUACUCUUAAUGUUUGUUUCAUCACUAUCAUUUUUUCCUUUUCUAUCUAUUAGAUUUUUUUAACGUCUAAGACCUUAACAAUUUCUUAUGUUUAUAGUUAUAGGUGUGAGAGUGUACAUGACAAAAUGUAAUGAAGUCUUGGAAUGUUGCAUGACAAAUAUUAGUUUUACAAUUUGUACUUUUUCACUUAUUGAGAUUUAUGUUUCUCUUA